GCGGCCAUGGCGCUCAUGCUGGCUGCGCUCCGCAUCCUGCUGGGCAGCUUCUUCGUGCUCACCGGGGCGGCCAAGCUCUCGCCCGUCGCGGCCCCCGUGUCGCAGCAGCUGAAAGCCCUGUUCACGCGGUUCGCCGAGGUGUGCCCGCUGAAGUUGUUUGGCUACCAGCCAGAUCCCAGGAGCUACCAGACCGCCGUGGGCUGGCUGGAGCUGCUGGCUGGGGCGCUGCUGGUCGCCGGCCCACCGCUGCUGCAAGGCAUCAGUAACUUGCUCCUGAUCUUGCUCAUGAUGGGGGCCAUCUUCACUUUGGUGUCUCUGGAAGAAUCCCUGAGCACCUGCAUCCCGACCCUCGUCUGCCUGGGGCUCCUGCUGCUGCUGGAUGCCUGCCGGCUCUUAGCCCAACCCCAGCGGGCGCUCAGACCCUGCAGGAAGAAGACGGCGGCUCCGCGUACGUUCAGGGAAUCAUGGGAGUAGAGGCCCUGCCUGAUCGCACCGUGCCACCCUCACAGCAGGAACAUGGGACAGAGAGUCUGCUCCUUGUUACAAACACGCCCAAGGCCACCGGUGUGGAAAGAGACAUCUCGUCGCACCUGGCCCUGCACACUUGAACUUUACUGUUCUUUGUGGAGUACAUGUUACACAGACUCACAUUCCUCUUGUCACGUGAAACAAGCACCCCGAAUACCACUUUGAAUCCCUUGGUAUAACUGUACAUUUCAACUUUUUUCCUGUGCCUUUAUAGAUAGGUAUUUUUUUAUGGAAGGUGAGGCCAUUAUAUCCCACUUCAUUAUCCACUUUUAAAGCCUAAUACU